GGAAGUUCUUUUAUUUUCCCUCUGACUUGUUGUUUUCCUCCUCGGUGGCUCCACUUCAGGGUCUCCGGGAUGCUGAGUGGGAGGGCGGGGCUGUGAUUCUUGCGGUUCCGUGGAGUGAUGUUGCAGGACGGAGCGGGCGCAGAGUGAAGCAGAGUAAACCUUGGUGCGGUUGUUUUGUUUUUUUGUGCGGCACACUCGGUAGAAUCUGUGAGAUUUCGGAUGCAGAAUGGAUUUAUUCAGUAAACACCUGAUUUAACGCAUCGUAACGUGUCAUUACUGGAGGUAUCGGUGCAUUCUGACACACGGACAUCUUGUUUCUCUCACAUCGGGAGUGUAGAGACAUAUUCUCCCUCACCUUGGAUCCGGUGCAGGUUCUGUUAGCGGAGCUCUCUUUAGCCCAGCAUGGCGUGGCCCUGUAUCAGCAGGGCGUGCUGCAUGGCCCGCUUCUGGAACCAGCUGGACAAGGCUGACAUUGCGGUGCCUUUGGUCUUCACCAAGUACACGGACGUCUCCGAGAUGCAGCACAUCCAGCUGCAGCCGCCGCUCCACCCUCCCCAGGCCCGGGUCGCCAUAGAAACGCAGCCGUCUCGCUCACAUUCUCGCACCCCAGCAGCGGGCCGCGCGCCGCGAAGGUGCGUCUCCGAGGAGCGAGUGUGCAGCUCGGUGAUGCGCGAGGACUUUAAGCAUUGGAGGGUGCGACCCGAACCGAGCUUUAAACCCAAAAACGAGUACCACGGACCAGAAACACCGUUCAACAGCGAGACCCAGUACCAGAAGGACUACAAGCCCUGGCCUAUCCCGAAAAGGUACGACCACCCCUGGAUACCCAAACCUGUGAACGAUGUGGACCGCUCCAGGCACGCGAAGCAGCACGCAAAGCAGCACGCGGAUGCGGACAGCGGCGUGGAGAAGAGCGCGAUAGCCGACAAGGAGAAAGACCUGCCGCAGGGUCAGGAGAGGAAAAAGAAGGCUAGUAAACCCGAGGGGACGAAGAAGGUGGUCCUGAAGGUGGAGGGAGAGGGCAGAGGGAGGGCAGCUGCGGACGCUGUGAACCGGCAGAUCAAAGAGGAGAUCACAGCCGGCAGCUCGUACAAGUGAGUUCAAACACAGACAGACCACUGAGGUCCAAUUAAAGCAGGUGAACAGGCCACAGACACGAGGAGAUAGAGGGGUUAAAAAAACUCAAUCACAGAAGACCCAUAAGAGAAUAGUCUAACACACAAGCAGUUUAGAUAGGUACUUGAUUCAUCCAGUGAAAGGUGAAAAUAAUCAAGGACCUUUUUUGACCUUUUUUUUAAUGGCACACCUAACUGCAUCAUAGGUCAUUUUUGAAGCUCCAUCUUAAUUAUGAAAAACUUCAUCAAUCAUGAUGACAAAUUAAAAGUAAUAUUACACUAAGAAAUGUUGCAUUUCAUUUACAAACUCACAGAGAGCAUGGAGGUGAUUUUAUUCCAAAUUCAAGGUUGAUUUGUGCAGCCAACAAUAUUGUCUAAAUUCAACCCAAAAUGAAAUCUAUAACCACAAGAACACAUUCACACAGCAGCCUUGUUUUUGUGACUUCACUUUGAGAGUGUGAAACUAUAACUGUGGGAUUCUAACUGCUGUGUUUUAGGCCCAAGGUCCUAUAAACCUUAAUAAUCUGACAAACUGUGGUCAUCCAUAUAGCUCCCCAAUGAGCAGCCACAGAGGCAAUAGAUGGUUAAAAUGCUGUGAGGGAUGAGGCAGCAUUUUUAAAACGUGCUUGACCGUCUCUGAUCAAAACACUAGGACAUUUCCAUUCAGCCACUUUAAUUUCAUUAAAAAAAAAUCACAGAUACAUUCAAGAAAUGUUAAUCUUGUAGAUGUCUGAUUUGUAAGCACCGUUCUUCAUAUAUUGCUGGUGGAUUUUUAUUAUCCAAUGCACGUUUUCAAUGUCACAGUGUCAUUUAGCAGGUGCUUUUGUCCACAGCAAUAUACAUAUAAGAGUAGGCUAAGUGCAACACAAGCAAAAUCUAGACAGAAGUAAACAACAUGAGUAGGUAUGAAAAUGUGCCAUAAGUGCAAUUGGGCAAAGUGCUGUUAUGCAGUGUCAUCAUCAUCAUCAUCAUUUGGUGAAUCAAGUGCAGAGUUGUUAUUUUGAUUAGAUACUGUACUGGGUCUUAUUUUGGCAUUGGGAUUAUCCAAUCCAGCUGAUGUAUCCCUUUUAAAACUCCAGAUCUCGUCAAAUUCAUUUGCCGUUUUUGAUUAUUUUUAAGGAAAUUGCCGCUACACCAGUAAGAUUUUUUAUUUUUCAUCCACCAAAUGAGACUAACAAUGUUAUCAGAAAGGCUAGUGGUGACUGAAACCCUGCCGUUUUAGUAACAUGGUGAAAGUUGUUGGUCACUCCUUAGACUGUAACACUGACAUCUGGCCUAUACAAUACUCUAAUGUCACUAUUAUUAGCUAGCAUGGUGUAAAACAACUGACACAAACAUUAGCAUAAGUGCUUUUACAGUAGUUAGCCAAAAAUGAUCAUUUUGUGAGUGGAAGAAACUGUCCCAUCAUGUCUGUUGUUUUUGAAAAUGUUUAUGUUAACUCUGAUGUUAGCUAAUGGUUGUUUUAAACUGCAAAUAUGUCUCAAUCUGUCUCUGGAUUUUCAUGAUCUCUUUAGCUGCUUGACAUUCAGGCUACUUUGAAAUUAACACAGUUUGUCAGAUUAUGAAGGUUUAUAUGACUUUAAAGUUUAAGAUUCCCACCCUGAGCAUCAUGAAAGAUGGCUGCCAGGUGAAUGUGGUCUUUUCUGUGAUUAACAACAGCCCUGGUCACAUUAUUUUGUCAUGUUUUACUCAACUUAACUUUUGCUUUUAUGGAAAACUUCAGGAUUACAAGUUAUUAAGAAAACAAUAUGACCCCCUCAUCCUGUCUUUAAACACACUUGCCUUAAUCUUUUCCAAACAGCCCUUCAUGAAUUAAUAGCAUGAAUAAACAAAACUUUGAAUCAAUGGGCCGGCCUUGACAACCUUGAGUAAUUAGAGUGUUAUUAAAAGAAUAAGAUAGGUGUGUUUUUUUGCACUGCUGGCUUAAGAAAUGUGAAUUUUUCCACCAUACUGGGGUUAAUUGGGUGUUACUUAUUCACUUAAUCUCACUCAAACAGCUGUUUCACUAUUAAUAAGGUGCUUUUCUUAUUAUAAGCCGCAGCAUGUGGAAACAUCACGGGGCAGUUUAUUUAUAUUUUCCCCACAGCAGGUACGAUGACAUUUCAUUUCAUCAAAGGUCAAGGUGGAUUUGUAGCCAAACUCUGCUGAUGUUUGGGUCCACGGGGCUAAUCUCUGUCUGAUUAUGCAACGUUCCCGAGGAUGAUGGGAACUGGUGGAUGGAUGAGCUUCAAGUCACGCAUGCCGCAGUAACUGUACGCACAUGUCCUGAAGCUGUAGUUUGAUAUCAGCAGCAUCCAUGUUCUGGGAAACAGCUGACAGUGACGCUGUAAUGAAAUAUAUUUGACAUCCAUGAGUCUAACCUUGAGGAGCCUGAUCUCACUAUCUAUAUCAACAUUCUAUUUACUUUACUGUGUUCAUAUUGUGCCUAGUUUACUGUCGAUGUGGGCUUUGGAACAGGAUUUGGCUUAUAUGUGACUGGCUCUGUUAGUUCAGUGAGUGGGUCUUACAGCUGUUAGGAGCCCUGCAGUCCUGUCUGGGUCGUUGAGCAGUCAGCAGGGUGCAGCCAGGGGCACUUUCCCCCCACAUGGCAGGAAAUGGCUGCGUCGUGACAAGCAGAAGCCCUGUAAAGUCUCUGUCUUCAUCUGCAGGCAGAGACUCAAAGCAGGUCAGCUGUGGGUUAAUACAGGGGAUGGUGUGGAGUCACAGUUACACACACAUGGAUUGAGAGGUCUCCAUAUACAGUAGUUUUCCUUUCUGUUUUGUUCCUAUUACCUGAGCUUGUUUAUCAGCUGACACUGGGUUAGAUUUCAGUAGGUUCAAUCAUUUGUAUUGCAGCUGCAGUGAGACUUAAAGUACCCCGAAAAUAAAUUCUUGAAUUCUCUGAUCUUAAAGGGAUAUUUCUUUUUUUUUUAGGUGAGGUUGAGUGAGUUACAUGCCCCUAGUGAGUGUGUCAGCUACUUUCCUCACUAUCAGAUAGCCCAUUUGUCUUUAUACUCUUCGCAGGCACAACAAACCCAGUCAUGCCGUUCCACAUGCAGCAGGAUCAGUCAGUCAGAUCUAUGAAGUACAAGUCACUGAUGCAUUGCGAGUUUUAAUAUUUUUGCAUCUCAGUUUUGCAUGAUGUUAAGUACUGAACUCUGAAGUGAUGUGUGUUAAGUUUUUAAUUCAACUUAAUCUACAUAAACAUAAACAUAAAAAUAUUUGGUGGAUCAUGGGUUUUGUCAUUAUGCCCUAAAAAUCAAAACAAAGAGAACUGAAAACUUCCUCUGGAAACUCUCUACUAUUCAGCUUUGCUGCUUUUUUUUUUUUUUUUUUCACUCCUGAAUGUUGAAGGAAGCAACCUGCAUGAUAUUGGCAUUUCCAGUCAUUGGCUGACCUGCCUCUUUCUUAUUGGCAUCAGCAUUAUUGAAAAAACGAUCAGACGAGCACUGAAGUUCACUCUCUGGAGGUGUAUUUAACUCUCUCUGCAGACUGGAGUUUCCCCUUCUUUUUCCUCCCUUUCUUUGGGCUUUGAAAGUUGCUGAUAAAUCUCUUAACUUCUUUCCACCACUCUCCUGCUGUCUUCUUCAGUUGUCGACUUCUUUGGCCAAUUAGCUUGUUUUCAAAUUACCCCCAGUCUUGCCAUUAAGGCCAUAAUGGGGAGUCAUGGAGUACUGAUGCAGUGAGACAAAUUGGCAUGGAUAUCUGUUUUUAGUGCCAUAUUUUUCUGAAUCUAAAUACAUCAUUCAUCCUUGGUGUGUUGAUUAUUAUACCACGCAGGUCAGGAUGUAUAUAUAGUAUAGUAUGGUAAGUGUGUCCCACCCUGGUGACCACAGUUCUUUUACUGCAGAGAUGCUCUGGUCUGAAACCCACACAUUUAUGGAAAUCUGAUGUACUUAUCUUAAACUCUGUGCCUUGUAUAAAAAGCAUGUUUCAUAAAGGAGUGAUUCUUAUAUAACUAAUGAUGUGUUAUCAAGCUGUUUCUAAUGACGGUGAUUAAAGUUUUGGGAGUGCUCCAUGUCAGUCAGACAGACUGGUAGGCAGCUGUCAAGUUGUCAAGCAUAAAUCAUAGACAUCAGGUGAUCACAGUCGUCUGAAUCUUCCUCUAUAGCUGAGAAUCAUAUCAUUUUUAAGCAGAUAAUCUUUAAAGCAGAGGACUGAGGAUUGAAGGAUUGAGAGAUGGGAAGAAGUUUGUCCUGAAAGUAUUUGAAACUUACUUAUUUCACUCACGUUGAAACUAUGGUGUUAGAGUCUGAACUGAACACAGAGGUAAAAACCACCUCAUGCAGAUUUUGUUGAUACAUUUCACCAACUUUUAGUGUUGUAUGUAAAGCAAACCAUGAGUUAAAUAUCACAUUUUCCUGUCGUCGGCAGAUUUUCAUAAAAAUGAUUAGGCAUAAAGGAAGGGAGUGAAACAUGUAACAUCCAUGUUUUUUAAUCCACUUUUACUAAUCAAAUAUUUUGUUAAAAAAAACUUUGUACAGUCAUACAUACAACCUUUAUACAAUUAUAUAAUGUCAUUGAGAUGUGGAUCUGUUUUUCAAGAAAGACCUGAGUCGACGAGAGAAAGAUGGAGACAGACAGUAAUCAGACAAACAGGCAUGUACAGCAUUAGAGACAAUAUGAGGCCAAACACAAUUAGAGUGAAAAGGUCCAAUACUGACCAAUUGGGUUGAUUCAUUCAGUAUCUGAGAUUCAGAGUAGUCAGAGUAAGUCUUUCCACGUUCAGUUCUUCCCUGAGGGGUAAGCAGCAGAGUCAAACAGACCUGAGAUCUGCCCCGCCGAGAGGUGGUUUGAAAUGAGAGGAGAUGUGAUCAUCAUGUGAAUGUUUGUUGCACACUGAGAAUUCAAUGAUAGAAGUUACUUCAAGUGCAGUGAGAAGAGAUGGACUUAUUGCAAGUUACUUAUUACAAAUCAAGUCUCUCAUAGUAUUAAUAGAUAUCCACAAAUAGAUGUUAUACCUAUAAAAUGGGGGUCUGUCAAUCAGUCAUAUAACACCUCAAUUAUUUACAUUAUUUUAACAUUAUUCUACAUAUACUUUAAGCUAAUUUAUACAUUAUUUUUGCUUGGUUGUUCGUUUAUUCACUAAUAAUUAACAGUAUCGUUUACUUUUAAAGGUCACACAGCAGAGUGGCAAAUGUAAUAUAGGCUAUAAUUUAUAAGCUGAAACCUUUCUGGUCCCAACAGUAGAUGAUUAUCCAAAAUGUGAAGGGACUAUAAGGAAAGGUGAUUCACUGAGAGUGACUCAUUGUCUGUAGAAACAUCCAGUGCAAAAAAAUAACAGUUGAUUUAAGUCCCACAGAUGACAAGGCAAAAAAAGGAUCAUAGUACAGGAUUAUGGGCUGUCAAAUCAAAUUUAUGGGGGGUGAUCUCCUGAGUCCUCUGCUGAUACCUGUACUGUGUCCUGAGCUUCUUUAUGUCUGCCUGUAAGUAAUUUAGUACUUGACUCUUGACUUGGUUCUUUACUACUGAAAGUAACAAAUCAGUCACAUUACUUUUUUUUUUACUGCAGUCUAACAUUACCUGACAUGUAACAUGUAAUAAACAAUCUGGACAACAUUUUUCUCCAGGACAUAUGCCGCUGCAGGCCCAUUCAUCUCUACUUUUGUCAAUACUGUUUGGCAUUUCACACAAUAAAUCCGGUGUUAUGUGCAUGUCUCCAAGCCUCAGAAGAUGCUUUUAGUCAGGCUGCUCUGCUGCUUUUGCUCUUCACUCUCAUAAACUCGGGCCAGAGUCAAAAACACAUCCCAGGAGUAGGACCAGAGGGUGGUGCAGGAGCAUACAUGGAGAAGGGUUUUAUUGAUUUCUCAGGGGAGUAAUUAGAUAAUUGUCUGAACAGUUUUGGUGAUUACUAAAUUAAAAAAUGUGGUACAUUACAUUACAGCAUUACAGACAAAUCUAAUCCAAUUACAGUCAUGCAGUACUCUGGAGCAUAGAACCCCUAAUACUUGUGGAAAUGUAUCAGAAGGACGCUCAAAUAACACAGCUCAGGUUUUGAAAGGCUCUGCUUGAGGAUUGUAAUCAAAGCAGGUGAUCUGUGAGCAGACAUGUUUGUUAAUACUAAGGGUGCAGCUUCACCAUAUAACGCCUAAAACAACAGCAUGAGAAGCUGAUCUGUAUCACUGCAUCAAGAGGAGGGACAAAGGCGAACUGGAAAUCAUAUCUCCUUUUUUGUCUCUCAAAUCUGCAGAUCAGAUACUGUCUAUAUAUGUAUGUGCUAUUGGAGCAACAAGGGUUUUUUUCACUUAUUGAUUCCUGACAGCUGUCUCCUAAACAUGAAAAUGAGGUAAAACAGUCUGUUAACAGGUACAAAGUUAGGGUCUGUUUGGAAAAGACUGUACUGUAGCAGCUGUGGGUGUGGAGUGAAGUGAUUUGGCACCAGCUCUUUAAGCUUGAGUCUCAAGUCAAAUCUGUAGUUGAGUUUGCGUGUAACUGAAGUGCAAGACCAGUUUAAGUAGGGCUGGGCGAUGAACCGUAAAUUUACUGUUAGAAAAAUUUUCGGCAAUAACCGAUGUCAUUUUGCCCAUGUCAAUAUAUUCGGUGUCAAAAAGAAGAAAUAUAUUAAAGUUCGUUUUGGAUGUGUGAAGGUAGGCUAUGGCCCCUUUAAGACGCUGUCCUACGUCAGAGAUAUGACUCCACCCCAUUCAAUCCGUAGCAAAGAGGGAAAAGACUGGUGAGGAGAUGGAGGACGGUUCAAAAGUUGUAGCGGCUGAAUCGGCAGCUGAAGUAGACGAAGUUAAUGUGGGAGGGGUGAGCAGCUUGUGGAGUAGUUAUCGUCCAUUUAUCGUUAUCGAGGUGAACUGCUCAAUAUAUAAUUGAUGUUGAGGCCACAUCGCUCAGCCCUAAGUCUAAGCCUCAAAUGCCCUCAUCUCUGGCAGGUAGCUGUAUGAAACUAAAUGGUUAAUCACUAGCCUUGUGGAGACAUGAUGGUUGAUUAUACUUUGUUCUUUCAUUUGCAGUUAUACCUUAAAUGUGUUUUAAAAACUGAUUUUAUCUCAGUUUUUACCAGUGAGGCUUCUGUCGUACCAAACGAUCAUUUUUCUACAAUUUAAAUCUCAGUGCAUCAAUCAACCCACAGGAUCUUGCAGUGUCAGGAUCCCACAGUUUUGUUGAUGAUCCUGCUGGUGCUUGUGGUUUUUUUUGUUUGAGGUGCAAUAAAAGCCGAAGUGGAAAAACACCAUCUUGCAAAACAAAGUUAAUGGACAGAAUCAAUUGGUUUAACUGUGCUCUGUUUCUAUGGCUCCUCUUUUCUUUGAAAUGUAAUUUUAUUUAGCGUGUGCUUAGGUAGACUCUUUAGCAUGAUGCAACUGUCAUUAAAGAGCCACAGUCACUGUCUAGUCAAAGCCAGUCCUCUCUCCAUUGUGCGUGUUUGCACCAGGCUACUUCAACAUAAAGCCCUGCUCCCCUCAGCUCUGUUUUGUGCUUUUUAAACUUGUAUUUACCCACAGAAAGCUUUGCUGAACACAAAGACUCUUUUCUUCACAGCACAACAGCAAAAGCUAAAGGCAGCUCCAGCCCUUUCCUGUAUUUUCUUGAAUAAAUUUGUGUAGCGUUUUCAGUCAACAGCCUCCCAGUCACAAGUCUCCAACCUUCGUUUCACCGCCAACUCACUGCUUUAUGUUCAAAAUGCCAUUUUUUUGCAUGACAAUGAGUCUCAGACAGUAGCAGCAGCGGCCUUUGUUUGUUUUCUUGUUGCUUGCAGCACUGCUGUAAGAGACAAAGACCAUUCUUUAUCUUGUUGGCAUUAUUUGGAUGUGAGGUGACUAAUAAAAGACACUCAGGGAGCAGAUUACAGGAAAAUAUCAAGCAAAUGACCCAGAAAGACAAAUGAGAGUUGAGUGCCGGGGAGGUUCACUGAGUUCAGAGGAAGGAAGAGAGUGAGGAGGAGGUAUGAAUUUUUCCAUUUUCAUUUAUGUCACGUAUCACAGCUCAACAUUAUUCACUCCUGAGGUAGUAGUACAACCUCUGGAGCUUCUGCUUUUGAAUUUUCCUUUCGUUUUUCUCACUUUAGCACAUCAAGUCAUCCCUCUCUCUCUCUCUCCCUCUCUCUAUUAUGAGGCCGCUCCUUCAGUUCAAAUGGAGUUUGUCUUUUAGGUCACGUUUAAACAGGCUGUACACUUGCGGUACCAGACAGUGGACUGUAAAGAGGCCAGUGGAUUCUGGUGGAUUUAGAAAUGAUCCUCUUAGAGAGCCAGAAAAGCCUGUGUUCAUACUGACGAGUGCUGAAUACAGAAACACAGACGCAGACACAUCAGACACACAAAAAAGGAAAGAAACAGCAGGUUCUUAUCACGUCUGAGGCUGUCUCAUCUGCUGUUUCUGAGUCUUCUGCUCCCUGAAAAUAAAUCCACGUCGGUUUAUAGUCAUAAGACAUAUUGUAGGGAACAAAAUGUAGUCGACAGAUCUGUGCUGAUAUCCUGUAUUCAUUUGGUGCAUCAAUUCAGAUCUCUGCCAGAUAAAGCUUUCUGUCUUAUGUAACCAAUCUAAUCUGCCAUAAUCAUAUCUGAUUACAGUUAAUUUAAUUCAAGGAAAGUUAUCAUUAGGAUAUGAAUGAGUUAUGUAAUGCACCGAAGCCAAAUUUUACCUGAAAUUAGGUUAGUUGAUUUAGUAAUGAAGUUCUGAAGUCUGUAAGAACGGAAAAAGAGCCACAGCUCUCUUUAAAGAGCGAUGAAUCUGUGACUGAAGAUUUUAAAUGGUUGCUCAGGGUUUCGGUCAGAAAUGUUGAUAGGCCAAGUUGCAAGUUACUUUCAAUAGGGUCCACACAUGCCAGGAGGCCCCUUCUUCAGAGAGCCCUACAGGAAGUUAGUGCUGUAGUCAAACAGGAGACAUGUCUGAGUUUUUACACCCCAAAAGACACUAAAAAAAUGAGUCCUCCUUGUAGCGCUGUGAAACUGGAGGGUAGGGAUGUGACAGUACCAAACUCCCAUAUUAUUGCAUUAACAAGUCCACAGUGAAAUAUUUGUUGCAGAAUUAAAAAGAGCAAAAAGAGAAAUGAAGACUUGGAAAAGUGCCAUUUAGCUCUGAGUAGCUUGUGAGGUCCAUUCAUACAUGAGGAGUGAGCUGCACUGAGUUAGCUUGAGGUUGUGUGUAUCUCUAGACUUUGAAGCUGCUGAUAGUGUUUGACUGAAGUAUGACUAUGAUGAGCAGUGUUGUGUGUAAACAUGCAAAAACAAACUAGUUCACUGAGUGCUCUCAUAUUUUGGGGGAAAGUGAACCAAGCCAUUUAUUUAGCAACUCAUGAAUGAGAACAUGUGGGUAGUUUAUCAGUGAGCAAAGAGGAUCCUACUGGGCAGGUAAUGUGAAGAUGGAUUUCUGCCACUUCUAGCAACCCUGCGUGGUUUCACAGGGGUUAAAGGUUUUUAGGAUAACUCACUUUUUGUAUUUGUUGGAUUCAUGUUUCGAUGUUGCUUUACCAUUAGCACUUUUAUUUUACAUGAUUUUUAUUUUACAAACCAUCCUCUAGGGCCGGGCGAUAAACCAAAAAUUUACGGAUGCCGAAAUUUACGACAAUAACCGACGUCCCAGAUCAAUAUAUUCGGUGUCAAAAAAUAAAUAAAUAAAUAAAUAAAAGUUGGUUUUGGAUGUGUGUAGGUAGGCUAUGGUCUCAUGUCCCUUUAAGACGCUGACCUACGUCAGAGACGUGACUCCACCUCAUCCAGUCUGUAACAAAGAGGGAAAGACAGGUGAGGAGAUGGAGGACGGUUCAAAAGUUGUAGUGGCUGCAGCGGCGGCUGAAGUAGGUGAAGUUAAUGUGGGAGGGGGGAGCAGCUUGUGGAGUAGUUAUCGUCCAUUUAUCGUUAUCGAGGUGAACUGCUCAAUAUAUCAUGAUAUUGAUUUUAGGCCAUAUUGCCCAGCCCUACCAUCCAUACAGCUGUAACGAUGCAGAUUGAGCCUACUUAGUUUUAGGAUCUCUAAUUUGGCUCCAGUGUGUUUACUAACCUUCUGAACCUUUUCUUGUCAUUCACAGAAAAUGUCUGUGGGUGUUCUUGAGUUCUCACACUGUGAACUUCUCGGUCGGACUGCUUAUCUUGAAUGUUUUUGGGAAGACAACUUGCAAAGUGGCCUCUCAUUUCACAUUUCAAUUUUCUCUGGCCUGUUGGCAACAUUGGAAAUGAAAACAUACCUCACAUUAGAUUUAAAAGCUGCCGGAGCAUCUAAAAUUUCAAAAUCCUCCCUACAGAGACUAUUGUCCCAUGGGUGCUUAUCAUCCACUUCUCUGCUAACUGCCCCAGUGCAAAAAUGGAUAAAAAUUGGAGCGUCAUGAAACAAAAAUCUGACUAACGUCAAAGAACCUUAACCCAAACUGUUGAGCAGCUGAAAUCCUGUAUCAUGCAAAAAUGUGACAAUAAUUCAGCUGGUUUUUGGAAUAAUUCAGCAACUAAUUUUGUCUUCACUGACAAUGUAUAUGUUUUAAAUCACACUUGAAAUUGAAUCAUUGAUUUGUAUGUUAUGGUUAUUCCUUGAACAGUUUGCAUGGUUUACCACACCUGCCACUUGUCAGAUCUUUUCAGUCCAUCCCUGACCAAAACCUUUAAAUAUUAAUAUGGUUUCCAUUUUUCAAAACACCCAGCCAAAGAUCCCUGUAAUGUAGUGGCAUGCUCGUACAGCUCACUGUAGCUGUUUCCAUUGAGAGGCUGCAGAGAGGCUGUCAGAUAGAGAUGAGGCCAGCAGAUCCCAGAGGAGAGAGGGAGUAUUGACCAGCAGCCAGACCCUGACACUCCAGGAAGCAUUGUGAGGAAGUGAAGCUCCAGCUCUGAGCGUGGGCACAUCGAUUUCCCUGGAAAACACAGAGAGAAGCAGACCAGCCGUUUAUCUCAGAGCAGCACGGCCGGAGAAUUAGAGCUGGAGUCAGAGAUGCCUGCACAGAAGUUUGUCUCAGCAAUGUUUGCACACAGAAGUUAUUUAUGGCUCACAGAAUUUCAAAGUGUACUCUAACACAGAGAGAGAGAGAGAGAUGAAGCCCAAUUUUACACCAUAGCCAUUUUUAGACCUCAGAAGAGGAACCGCUUUUCUCUCAGCAAUAGAUUGUUUACUACAAUUCUUAAAGUUCGGAAUUGGAAAUAAAUCAAUAAAUCAGGGUUUGGACAACAUUAAUUUCAGUUAACAGCAGCAAAAUACCUGCAGGCGUAAAAUAUCAAAUUAACAAGAUGCAUAUAGCUGGUUGUGGAUUUUGUUAUUCACAUGAUAUUUUAGAAAACAAUCAUCAUCAAUGAAAUAAGAAAAAUUCCACAGAGGCAGUGGGAGUUUCUGCCCACAGCACAAAUGUUGCAGAUGAUUGACUAAAUGUGAAAUUACUCAGCCUCUUACAGAAACUCAUUGUUUGUAUUUGGACUCAACAGAUUAGAUGCACACUGAUUGACAUUAUCAGGAAUUUUGAAUGUUUCAACGAUCCACAACUAAUAUUUAUGUCCUGUCUGGUCCAUUUACAUAAACAUGCAUUUUCAUAUUUAUUAUCAGAGGUUAACGGCCUGAUUAAACAUUGAAGAUUUUUUAAAAUCUAACAGGAAUACAGUCAUAGUAAAGUUAUUAUUUUAUGUCAGUAAAGUGGUUAUGUUACAAUACAAGAAUACAUUUAUUCACUGAGUCAGGGAUUAGCCUCAUAAUGCUGUUUUGAAGGGGAUACCACAUAUCUUAGCCUUUUAGAGAGCAGUAAAGCCCCUCUUCUUCAUUGAUUGAUGGUUUUUGUAGAGGGUUUGUUUGAUUUUGCUCAGAAGAAAUCUCUCCCUGAAGCAGAUCUGAUUUGAGUUUUUAACUUCUCCUCUGUGUUGGUGUCUUGCAGCCUGCCAACGACCUGUCAUUGUUCUUGUAACUGCGAUUAUAUGUCUGGACAACUUGUGCACUGUCUGACCCCACUGUACGGAGAAGUUUGAUUUUAUUUCCCUUCUCUUCUGAGUCGUCUCAGGGUUCAGAGGUCCAGAUUGUGCCGCGUUAGGGCAGGGCUGGGUGAAGCUCAGCGGUGCUCCACCCCGUCAGUGCCAGUGUUCAGCCGUAGCGAUGAGGCCUUUCUCCGCAUAUCCCCUCCACCACAGCGGGUCAGCAGGGUCAGCCCUCCAAAGCAGAUUUAGUCACACAGUGAGAAAUCUAAGUACUGCCUGGGCCACAGUGACUCAUACAAGAAAAUGUCCUAUUAAAUAUUAAAGCAGAGCAGCAGUCAUAAUAAGAGAAGGAGCCCGGGAGGUUCUUUGAAAUGAAUGCAGUAAACUUUGAUGAGAAAGUUUCUUUUUUUUUUUUUUUGCCCUCUUCUUUGUCAAGUCUAAUUAGAUCUUUUCUUUUUUUAAGAUGUUAAAUAAAAAAUACAACCUGACAACUAAAUUUUGAACUUUGGAAAUGGCAAAGGGCAGUUUUACAAACACAUAAUCAAACAGUCACUUUGUCAUAAAAAAAAGAAAAACUGCAGACUUUUUUAAACUUCUCAAAUCACAGACGCGUCACGUCACAUGCAAAGGCUGUAUCAUAACUGUCACCUGUUUGAACAAGCAGUUUUAUCUAUGAUCAAAUCACAUCACCUGACCUUACCUCACUUCUCGUUAGACACAGUCACUGAUUGUAGGUAUCAAAUUUGGCAUUUUGGAGCAGGCUAGGAAUGCCAAUAUUGUUCCUUAAAUUGUACACAAAGUGUAGAGUGUUAAAAUUCAUGGUUAUUAAAAUGCACUAUUAUGCAGAUGGGUCCCUCUGUAUAUGACUUUGUAUUUUUGCCCUAUCACUGUCACUUGCUGUGGCUGUUUAACCUGGAUGAAUGAUCAGGACCUGAGUCCACGUGACAACAGUGCCAGAGCUAAAGAAAGAAGCCUCAUGUAGACGUCACUCUGUUGUUUUCACACUCAUGAUAUGCAGCUUCAGUAGCGUGAUGCGGCUCUGUGACAUGAUGACUACUGAACCAGGAGGCACUGAUUUUAAAACAAGUACCAAGACCACACAGAGCUCAGAGACACUGGCCUUAUUGUUACAUGUAUACAUGAAUAGCUGCAAUGUUACAGUGCAGACCGGUGUUUCACACUGUGAACCCUGCCUGCACUCACAAUCUGUCUAUUUUUCUCUGCUUAUGACACACACACACACACACACACACACACACACACACACACACACACACACACCCUGUGCUGUCAUAUGAGUGCUUCAUAUCCUCGGCCUUUGACAAUGUUGUAUAACCUUGUCUUUGCAUUGUGGCUUCUUUGACCAUUUGAGCAUUCAUUCAAAGUGGACUUCAGACUUGUUAUGUAAGAGGUCUCUGUGUGGUUUCCACCUCUAGUGCUCCACACUGCUGGAGGGGGUUCUGUGUUACUUUUCACAGGGUAACCAAGAAAAAAAAACAUAAAAAAAGUAAUGCCUUAACAGAAAGCUCCUACAUUUGCUCUCUAUUGAGCCAAGUUAGCAUGUUAGCCAUUGUUACAUUAGCUGCUUUUAUAAUGUAAGCUAAGGGUGUGUGGUUCUGAGCCUUGACAGAAGGUCUUAAGGGGUUUCUAUCAUAGACUUAAUAUACUAAAGACAACUUGGUUCUGCCUUCUGUCAGUAUAUGGAUUUGAAGCCAAAAAGCUCUCUGUAUUUACGUUUUUUUUCUCCACUUCCUGGAAACAACAUUGCGCAGUAGCGUUGUAUGCACUCCACCAAUUGUGCAGCAGCAUUGUACGCAUUCGGCAGGAGGGUCGCCAAGAGUCGCUGUGAUGACACUCGGCUCAAACAGCAUAUCCCUCCGUGAGCUACGCAAUCUUUGUACGCCCAUAGGCUGUAUCAGGUGUCAAUCAUAGAAAACAAGAAGCCCCCAAUAACUUGACUUGAAUAAGAGGACUUGAGCACGAGCCAGUCUUACAGUAACUACAUGUCAACAUCACAAGCAGGGGGGAGAAAGAUUUAUAUUCUGUGUAAUAAAUUUCUACAGUUUGUCCACAGCUCCAUAGGGAUUGCUUAAGGAGGCAGGAUUUAUGACUUAUACUGCAGCCCGUCACCAGAGGGUGCUGUUCUCGGGGUGGCUUCACCCAGAAAGGAGGCAGACGGCGUCCAUUCUAUAUACAGUCCAUGGUUUCUAGCCCCAGGUUUCAGUUGGGGCUAGAAGUUUCGGCUUGUUCUGGCUUUUGUCAACAAAGGCGACAUCAGUAAAGAGAAGAGCAUAAACAGUAUUUGUUUAAAAGCUUCCCACAGUUUUGAAGGUGCCUCUGUCUCAGGGAAGAAAACGUUUAAUCUACAAAGUGUAAAGCUGAGGAAAAAGAGGUGCAGUAAAAUGGUCUUUCCAUCUUCUAAGUGGGAGUGUCUAAGUCUCUUAGCUUUUUCUGAAUUGGACAGCACAAGGUGAUGUCAGGUUGUGGCCUUUUUUGAAAUAAGCCAUUCGAGAAACCUUAAAAACCACAUCAGUGGAUGAAACUGCCAUCUUUGUACCUCAUCUUCUGACACUUCAUGGUUUAGUAUGGACAUCCAACACUGCAUCAUUAAUACGCAUCAGCAUGAUAAGUCUCAUUAAAACAUCAAAAAGUAUUACUUAGAGAAGCUGAGAACUACUGAGAAAACGAGGCUCAUUAAUCCUGUAAAUCCUGGCCUGUGGUUGUAUAUCGUUUCUCUCCCACAUGCUCUCCCAUGACAACCCACCAUGAGAACAUUUGAGGUCAGAGCACAGAUUUCACACUCUCAUACAAACUCAGACGACUCAGCUCCAGUCCGUAACCAUGAUCCCAUUGUGAUCUAUUAAAACAUGUUAAAAUCAAUGGUCCUGUUCCUGCCUCAUGCAUUACAUUAAACACGAUCACACAGCCUCAGUGCUGUGUUUUAGAGCUGCCAGUAAUUGAUUUGCUGUCUCUCCAUGAAACUUGUGCUACAAAUUAUUUUAACGAGGCUCUGCUCUCGGCCUGGUCAUGUCUGUCCCUCGGUCUGCCCUGAGUGUUUAAUAUAGAGCCUUUCUUCACUCACAAUUGGAACACAAAGUUUUCACUGAGCUUGGCUGCAUUUGCGUGCCUCUCUCAGUGAUGGCACUGAAUUGUGCUGCGUUGGGGAGUUUACUUGUUUGUGACUGCACUGGAGCCACAGGGGACAACCGAUGGGUGUCAUCUUACUGGCCUGAACCAGAGCUGCCUGUUUUUCUUUGUAAUCAGCCACAGUAUCACGACAUGUUAUUGCAGGAUAAGGCUGACAGUACACAUGAUUUUACUGUUUAUUCAUAGGAUAUAGGAUAUCUUUUGAAUAAACAGUACAGGACAUAUAUAGAUCCAUACUGUAAGUGUGCACACUCUAGAUGUUUGGUUUUAUUGUGCUGUUUAAGGUGGCUGAUUUUUUCAAAGCAAUAUAUUGUGACCAUUUCAUAAAGAGGAACAAACUCAGUGGCUUUUAGCAAACAAAGACUUUUUAAAUUAAAGACACCUUUUAGCUCAACAUACAGUAUAUUCAUGUAUUUUCUUGGAAACCAAAGGGUUUUCUUCUGAAAGCUCAGUUUUAUUAAGCAUCCCACAAUGAAAUAAACAUAACAAAUAUUCAAUAGUUCAAGCUUCCACAUUGAGCCUUGAGGAAUUUAUUUGUAACAAAAAAAAUAUUUUUUUUUUUGUCUUGAAUAUAAGACAAAUCAAGUAAAAAUACCACAACCAUCAUCUUUUUCUAUAGAACUGUUGGGGUUGGACAACAAUAAUCCUCUGUCCAAUAAAGCAAAAAAAACCCAAACAUUUCUGAUUGUGCUUUUUAUCUGUACUUUUUCUGUGAUCUGAUCAAUAAUCAAAAAUAAAUACUCAACAUAUGUCUUAAAUGCAUCGUCUAAAGAGCAUGGAUGUAUCAUACCAUGUCUUGUUGGUUAGGCAGCAUACAGUCUGAGUACUAUACCAAGGCCAGGGUGUAUAGUGGUUGGUUUCAAAGAUGUGUUUGGGGUGUUACAUGAAUUAAAUUAACCAAAGUGUUGUUAUUCUCUUUAACAUUGAAGUAAGCCUGCAGACAGGUGUGGAUAACAGCCUUUCGUUUUAACAUACAGGGUUCAAGCUGGCGUGUUUAACUUUUUUUCAUCCAUUUUGCCCCUAAAAUGCAACAAAUACAGGUCAUUAUAUGAGUAAUGUUGAUGCAUGGAGUAAUGCCAUAUUAACUGAAACAAGCGGUCUACAGAACUGGAUUGCUCCAAUUAAGUCAUUGCUUCAGACUGCAGCGAGCCUCUGAAAUGUUCCUAAAAAAAUCAUUUGUCCCAAGAGCAAUUAGAUUACUACUUUUUAAUCCUCUGAACCUCCAACUGUCCAGGAUUUAAAAAAGAUUUUCUUCAUCAGUGAACUGAACUCAGAGGAGAUGUCAGUAACCCUGUCCUCUGUCUAGUUUCUCAUUCUUACUUUUUAAAGGACAAUUACAGCUUUUAAUACUGUUCUCUUUAUUUAUGGAUUAUGUUGACUGUGAUGACGCAGAGGACUCUGCUAAUCUCUUGUUUGUGAAUGCUGUCUUGUUUGUAAGUGAGGUCAUUGUGUGAUUUUCCUGUUAAGCCAAAGACAAUUUUCCUCAUUGCGGACAAAUAAAGUCCAUUCUGUCUGUGCUCCAAAUAUUCACGGACUUUCUAGGUUAACAGAUGUGUAAAUGUAUUUAUGACGCACAGCAGAGUCACUUUAGUGUCAAAUCCAGAAUACCAACAUGAUCAGACAAGAUCUGAUUUUAACCAGGUUUUUGUUGCUGAUCGAGAAUACAGUCUUUUUGUGCAGCACUGCACCAGUGUUGUACUGGACCUUUCUUUAAGGUCAGCACACCUUUUGGCACUAACGUGGGUGCAGGUUCAUGUGCUCUUUGCACAGCGUGGGUGCUGUGCUUAGAAAUGAGGACGUGGAAAAUUACAGACACUUCAACUGUAGGUCAAGAUGCUUUACCAGAGGGCCCUUAAAUCUAGAAAUCUCUGAUGAACAAGCAGUUUUUUGCAAUAUUCUUUAUCUUGAACAAGAAGAAAUAUUGUUGAUGCCAGGGGUUAUAUAGAUCGAAACAACACAGAAUAAGGGUGGUGAUAUACUAAUGGUAAAAAUAGAUGCAGGCCUUCCCACGGUGGGAACACUUGUUAUCAGCACAGUUUCUGUAUCUAUACCAUAUGGGUGCUUAAAAUAGAUUCAUAAUUAAUGUUGAGAGAGUACAUCCCACUGCAGUGAAAAUAAGGAGACAGAGAAAGUGAUGCGGUGUGAUAUAUGAAGAUAAAUGAGUUUCAUAUACACCCGGUAUAAAGCUGCUGUGGUCGUCCUCUGGGGCACAGUCAUGCAGCGCGUGUAAAUGUGAGCAGACCGAACACACGUUGCAGGCACAGCCGUACUGCUGACCUUCUUCAGAAGUGCUGUGUGAGGACUUCAGAGAAUAAUGCCAACCAACAGACUGGUGCAGACCUCCUCCCACCUCCACUACCUCUGACAUACUGUGCUCUACAUUACUGAUGCACCAGUUCACUUCACUUCUUUCCCCAGAUACAGAGUACAAAACUGCUCUCCAGUUCACUAAGGUCUAAUAUUUUCUAUUUAUGUUUACAUGAUUUUUUCUUACAUAGAAUCCUAAAAAGCAGGUUUUAAUCAGAAAUAGUAAACACAUAAACAGCUUUGCAUAGACCCAAAGUGAUCACUGAUUUUUGCACAGUUCAUAUCAGAGCUUGACUUUCGUACACUUGUAGGUUGACAUAGUUUGCUAAUAUAUACCUAUUAAAAAUAUCUCCGUUUGGAUGUAACUGUUUUUAAAUAAUUGGUCCAAGUAUGAAAAUUCUUUCUGCAAGGCACAUUGCUAUCUGUUAAAUAAAAAUAGUCCAUGUCAUGAGCUGUGUUUACACAGUGAUCCCACUGCAGCUCCUUUCCAAAGCUCAGCUGUCACUCUGCAUUCAUACUUUAAAACUGAACCACACAACAGUAAUAUCAUUGUGUCCCAGUGUGUUUGAAUGAACACAGCAGAAGAUAAAGAAAUGCAAUGUAUAAACAAAUAACACAAGCAUCACACUGUUUUGUCUCUUUAACUACCGCAAUGUCUGCUCAGCAGUAGGACAACUUAAACACUUUAUUACACCUCUGAAAUUCUGGAAAAACACAUUAUAUAAGUACAGGACAAGAGCAUCAAAGAGAUAGGAGGCACAGAUUUGUCUCUAAAGAAGGACAAGUUUGAUGGAAACAAACAGUUCCUCGCAGGAGCUUUAAGACACCAGCCCUCAGAGUGUGUUUGCAUCAGUUUAUCAUAAUAAAUCAGGACAUGAUCCACACAGCAAACUCUGUUUUCAUAUCAACUCUUCAAUUGACUAUUUUGACCUCUACAAUCUAUGAAUUUGAACUCCAAAUGGACACCAUGACUUUGGUGCAAGUAACUAAAAAAAUGACAUAAAUAAAGUUCAGUCUGGAGGACUGUUUGCAGAGGAAGCAAAAAGAGUAGACAGGCUAAAACUGGAAAUAAAGUGGCUAUUAUGACAUUUAAUUGGCUGUAGGCUGAGCUUGACUUUGUGACCUGCCUUACCUAGCACCAUAUUGUAUUUUGUAUGACAAAUACAGAUUUUGACAGGGUCAGAUGUCCUGGAAUACUCUGGCCUCCCAGGAUGUACUGACUGGCUUUUUGAUUGAGAAACAGAUUGAAUUUUAAUCUUCUUAUGGAGGGAAUAAUACAUGCGUAUUCAGAGCAUACUCAGAGUUGUGAUUCCUUUACGUUUCCUUAAAUGUUUUUUUUUAAAUGUUUGAUUUCCUUUUUUUUCCCCACACAGAACUGAGUACAAGGCUUACAGAGAUGUGAAACCAGCAAGGAUGAUCCGAGCCAAGUCCCAGUACCUGCCUCCAGAUGAGAAGACCAGUCUAGAGACCAGCUACAGUGCCACCUUCAAGGGACAGACACCACUGCAGUCUGCUGACAACAGGGCCCAGGAGAGGAGGAGGAUACGCAGCCUGUACAGUGAGCCCUACAUAGACCCCUCAAAACAGGUGAGAAAUACACCUUUCUGACUCUGCAGUAUGCUGUUAAAGGGCAAAAAAUUGGUGUAAUAUUUUCAGGGUUUUGCACAUGCUCAUUUCAUUGCACAUCAGAACUUAAGAGUGGCUAUAACAAAGGUUUAAGCUCAGGAAUCUCAUGUUCACUAUCCAACAUCCUUAGGUUGACAGGUAUAGUGCCCCUCGCUCUAAACCCAAAAAGUCUGGAGCCACAGCAGCGGGCCAGAGUAAACCAGUGAAGAAAGCCAAAGAUAAGCAGAGCACCGCGCUGAGGGGCUCCAAGAAGACGACCUCGGAGAACCAGCCUGAGAACCGGCCAGCGGUGGGGGACAAGGAGAAAAGUAAAGAGAUGAACAACAAACUGGCUGAGGCAAAAGAGUAAAAACCAUUUAGCACUACUUCUUCUUUUAUUUCUUAUUCUUUUGGGGAAAAACAAACACAGAGGCUGCAAAAUUAUUUAAGGAUCUCAUCUUUAUUCUCAUCUUUCCCUCUGUUUCCCUUCAGUCUUCUUCUUCUUCUUCUUGAUCAGUCUCUCUGUAAACUCUCACUCUGUCUGUUCUGUCCUCUCUCACUACCUCUCUGCUGUGUUUGUACAGUUAUAGUUAUGACAAAAUGUUGGGGUUUAGACAUGCCAUGCUCCUCCCACCUCAUGCUAUAUCAUAUCUUUAUAGUUACGAGUGGGCGGGAGCAUCCUCUUCCUCAGCCAUUUGAUGCCGCCCACCACCCCCCACUCUGCUCUGCUCGCCUCCAUCUCCAGGUUGCCAUGGCUACUGUCUUGUUAGCCAAUGGAUGGCUCUUGUUGCAUGGGCCCACAAGCGGGAAAGCAAUCCUGAAGUGUUGGCUUUGAUCAGCUGAGCAGAUUGCUUUGUUGACUUUAUCAAGGAUUUUUUUCCCUCUUCUCUUUUGGUUUUUGGAGGAAGAUAACCAAAUUGGCUCCUUGGAUUUGGUUUCUGCUCCUGAUAAAUUCACAUCAAGUCUGAAAAUCUUUGAUAAAUGUCCUGCUUGAUUAGUCCAUGGCUUAUUGUUCCCUGCUUUUUCAUCUCUGCUACUGUUCUCUGUUCAUUGAAGAGCUCAUAGUCUGUGUUAAGCAAUGUCAUUAUGCUUUGUAUGUUGUUAUCAGGCUCUCAUUUUUAACUCUGCUUUAGGCUUUGACAAACUGUUGUCAAUUCACCUGAUGAAAAAACACCCUGCUGUACUAUCCCUUCAUGAAAAACCCAUUCAUACAGUGGUAUUUUAAUUCACUUAAAGCCAUUUUGUAACGCAAAAUUUGUUGCCAACAACCCAUCUAGGUCACACUUAACUGAUUAUGCAUAAACACCAGUCAUUUGCAAAGCAGAUGAGCAUUCCCACCGAAUGGGACAACACUGCUGUGCAGUUGUAGUGACAUUAUAUCAUUAGAGUAACAGCAUUACUCAGAAUCAGAGAGGGAUGAGUUCAGUGGAGCUGGGAUGUUGUUUGAAAUGGUUCAGGCUGUAUCCUUUUUGCAGAGCUGUCAAUCUGAAUCUCCAUAAUUCAGUGUAAUUGCCCCCAACGUAGUGUUCAUUAACAACACUAAGCCCCCCCUGCAAAGCCUCACAGCGGUUAUGCAAUUUUAGCUGCCUGUACACACACACGCACAGUUUUUGGCUUUUUUUGAUGCACUGUGCCGAGGGAGACCGUGACCAACGUGAUUUCACUGCUACUGGAUUAUAGCAGGGAGCUGAAAACACAGCUUAAUGGUCCUGUCCGCACUACUUUUAAGGUUAAGGCUGUAUGAAUGAGACACAGAUCUUGAUGAGUGAUAAAUAACUGCCAUUUGUGAAAUAUAUUUUCAACCUAAAGAGCCCUGUCUGCGAGAAACUUCUGUCAUAUUUAACUUUUUUACAACAUUACAUUAAUAUUCAGCAACAAGCACUUAAAGGACACCUAUUACAGUUUUAUCCACCUUUCAAUGUGUCACUCUUAAACAUCUAUAGAUCAGCUGUUCACAAUUUGCAACUUAUUAAACACCUUAUUAAUCUUUUAUUUAUGUGUUUGUUUAAAAUUAUUUAACUAAGGAAUUGUCACUGAUAAUCUUGUUUACAAGAGUGUCCUGCCCAAUCUUGUUCAGGCGCCUGCAAAUUCUCUAAUUUCAGCACUAUUGAGCCUUUGCCUGAAACACUUUGGCUGCUUUACAAAGCUUAACAAAGCUGGUGGGUGUUACUUUUUACUCAGCUUUGUAGUCACAAAAUGACCCAGAAGUUGUGCCUUGACAGAGGACAUUGUAGGCUAGCAGCUGGCUCUCUGCCAUACCUUGGCUAUUGGUACAUUACCUGUUGUAAUAAUAUUACUGACUGCUUAUGAGUCCAAACCCAGCUGGUGCUGGUCUUUGUUUACAAAGGUGUCAUGAAGUUGUGAGCACAAAUCUAAAAACUGUUUUUUGUUGACUUUUUCUUGGCAAGAGAAAUCAGGGAUGACUUUUCCUCACAAUCACAAUAAUACAUAACAACUUUUUAAGACACAUGAAAUUGGCAAAGUGAAACACAGAGGAAAAGAUGAGCAGUUAAAGAGACUCUCCAGCUUCUAGGUGGGUCUGUCUAUGACCAAGCCUCUGGGUGGGUUCAUUGUCCUGAUAACACAGCGCUGUCCCACAAAGUUCUUAAAACAAGCAUUUUAGGGAAUCUGAUGACGCCAACAUCUGUGUAUCAUGUCUUUAAACUUUACCAAGGUUUAGUAUGGGCACCCAGCACUGUAACAUUAUAUAUUAAAAUUCUGAGCUUCAUUAUAUAUAUAUAUAUCCCUUACAGCUAUUGUGAAGAAAUUAAUCUGGUUUUGAAACAGCCUGAAAUUUAUGCUGUGGUUUCUGUCUGAGCUUCAAAUGCUAACAAGACCAUCAGCGGCAAGAGCAACAAUAUAGUUAUAAUAUAAAGUUAUUUUUUUACUCUGAAAAUGCUGCCGAAGGUUAGGUAACAGACAAGGCCAUAAACAGCACAAUUCAAGGCUGACAUUUGUAGCUAUAAGAAGUUCAGUGACUCUUGUGUUAUGUUGUUUCUCCAUCCUGUUACUAAUGAGGUUAAAACAGCACAAGAGGAGCCUCAUUUGUCAACAUAGCUGUCAAUCAUUUUGUCAUAGCGUGUUUUAGAGGCAUCAAAUAACAAAUUAAAAGUUAGACAGGUUGAUUUGAUAAAAAAAAAGAAAAAACUUAUAUUAAUGAUGGAAGCCAUAUUUGAUAAAAUUUUGACAUGUAUGUUUAUUCUAAGUUUGACCCAUGUAUCAUCUGUUUCCAUGGAAAAGGCGGCUUUUUGAACGUUACCACAGACAGUCAGUAGGGGGAGCUUUAGUAGCAACGUUUACUCUGGACACAGCCAAAUAUCUGUUGGGUUGACUCUGCCAAACCGUGCUAUAAGUGACAUCCAUAAAGCACUUUUUUUUUUAUGAGAGUUAAUUAAUCAACAUAAUUUAUUGGAAACAGAGGUGGUUAAUAUAAUUUUGUUUAAGUACACGUAUAUUUGGGCACAUGUAACGAUAAAUAUGUCACUGCUUCUGUUUUGGACUCCCACUUUAUCACUCUCUGUUUCUGAACUCAUGUUGCUCUGCCUGUUUUUCCAAACACUCCGGUCUCAAAGUGGGAAAAGUAUGUUGGGUUGAUGUGGUGGAAAGAAAAAGAAGGAUUAUAUCGUAAGUUGUAUUGUACAUGUUUUAACCAAUUAUAAGCUCCCUUGUGUAUAUAUAGGUUGUACCUGUCUAUCUGUUAAAGCAGGGCUACAUCUAGUUGCUUUCUCUGAGUCUUAGCUUCUAUAUGUAGAGAAAGACACCAUUAAUCUCAAGCUUUUGUUUUUGCAUUAGAAGAGCACUAUUCUGUCUUGUCAUGGUGCAACCCAUCGAUGUGCUCAUAUCACAUUUUACUGUCUUCAGUAGCUUUGCUUCUCAGCAUCGUGUCCUCCAUUUUGAUGCUGGUAUGGUAUCCUUUUUCUGUAGCAUCUGAGACAGCAACCAUCUCCACCACCGCCACCACCAUGUCUAUCUGAGCUGAGCCCCAUCAGGGAUGACUCGUUAGCAUUUUGCAGCCUUUGGUUGGGGGACACUCGGUCAAUUAACAUAAGGGAGGAGGGGGCUUGUAGGUGCAGUAAAUGUAAUCGGUGCUUAGCACACCACACACUCUGUGCUAUCUGUGUGAUUCAUAGAAUAAUAAGGAUAGAAAGUAUGGUGAAGAAAGUUAUGUUUUUGGGCAAAAAAAAUAUUGACUGUGACGUGCUUGUGUUUCUAUCUGCUUGCUCAUAUUUAAUGAACAAAUAAAUGCAAAAAGCAGAAAAAGUGUCUUCUUGCUUUUUAUUUUAUUUUUGUUAAAAAGUAUGGUGAAAGAUUAGAGGUUGCAGGUAUCUGUCAGCAUUUCUCCUCCCUGUCCUGGUCUUUGUUUUUGUGAAACAAUAUGAAAAUAGAUCCACAUGGAAGAGAAUUUUGCUCUUACAACCUCUUUCUAUGCUUAUGCUAGGUCGCGCCAAUUUCUGGCAUGAGGUCUGGCAUCCUCUGUGGACCCUGCAUGUUGUGUGAAUUGAAGAAUAUAUUAUGUUUGCAUCUUGUCUCCAAUAUAUUCCAAUAACUUGUGUGAUUUAUAGACAACAUGCAUGUCAAAGGAUGUCCAGACACUUAUUCCAGAAUUAGAUGUUUUGUGCUUCUCCGGCUUUUAAAUAAUGAACCAACUUUAUGUAAAAGAAAAAAAAAACACCAACAAAUGUGUGAUAUGACAUUUGCUGAAGUCACAUUGUUCUUUCUCAUAGUGGUUUCAUGGUUAGAGUAUUUGAGGAUGUCACAUUUGGAUGAUGCUGUGUCCGGUUUGUGGUGUGCUAAUGAGUGACAUUCUGAUUCAUUUGAAGGGUUGUGCUAAAACAGUACCACUACAUACAACUCUGCCAGCCAAUCCGAGAUAUUGGCUGGGUGCAGACUCUAAAGCAACACCUGUGGGGCUGUGCACUACCCAAUCCCAGGUAAUCGAUCACCAGAGCAACGAAAAAGAAACAGAGCCACAAAUGCCACUCAUUCCCAUUCAUACAUGCUCAUGGAGUCGUGGUUUACUUUUGUUUUCUAUUACAGUGGCACACUUUUUGUUUUUCUGGUGAACCACCACAUUAUCUCCGGUCUACUCCUCAGGUCAUAGCCCCUCUGUUUUUCUCUUCCAUAUGGACACUAGAGUAGGGGGGUUGGAUGGGGCUGUCUGACUGCCUGCUGUAUCAUUCUACAUGUACGGUUCCUUAAGGUACCCUCUACUUAAGGAGGCCUCAGGUUUAGUCCAGUCAUCUCCAACCAUCCUUGAACCUUUGCUGAAAUGCACCCACUCCUCAUGGUUUAAAAAAAAAAAAAAAAGAACUGCAUGAUUUUUGAAUGACACACUCGGGGAUUAGAGAGGGCUGAUCCACUCAUGUUUGAGGCAGGUCACUCACAUAAUCACUAGAGAUGUUCCGAUACUGUUAUUAUCCUCACAGUGUGCAUUCAGAUCCCUGCAUUUGUAGAGUGGAAUACCAGGAACCAAUCCUAAAUCAGUGCUAUGCUUUUAAAAUUAAGUGUACACUCCUCACCUUGUAUUACCUUUGUAAAACACAAGCAGUGUGUCCUUGUUGCAUUUCCUUGUAGCACUUCUAAGUAUAUCUGUGGUUGCAACCCAACUUGAUGUGUGAAAACAAGCCAUCUGUUUAGUGGUUAAUGAGUUACUCUUUAUGAUCUGCAUAUAUUUUAUUGUCUGCAACAUACAGUCAAUCUUACGCUGUAUGAUUAAGGCUCUUCCAAGAUUUUUGUCGCUAUCGGAACAGCUCUAGAAAUGACACCUUUCAAGAUUGUAUCACUGCAUCUUAGCUCACUCGGUCAAAGUUUGACACUGUUUUUUAUUUUCAUUCGAAAUCCUGUCUCCGAUGCAUGCUGCCACUGUUUUUUCUGUUGGACCUGCAAUCUGAUGUUUAGACUCUGCACCUACUCUAGCAUAUCUGAGUGUUAGCUUGGAUAUUCUGUACAUAAGAUGAGAUGAGAUGAGGGGUAAGUAUGAAUGGAAUGAGAGAAGCGGAUCUGCUUUGGAAAGAGACAUUGCAAAGGAAAUUGUAAGUGCAUGUUAAAAAUUUUACCAUUUUAUAAAUUACUAAUUAAUGCCUAUUCAAAUGUGAUUUGAUAUUUUUUCUUUCUUUUAGUUUUUAUUCCACAGAGCACCCUGAGACUGUCAUUGCAUUAGGCAUCCUGUUGUUUUUGACACUGCGAUUAAGUGAAUCAGUCAAAGUUUGGAUUUAAACCAGCGGCCUGGAUUGAUCUAAAUGCAAAGCUGUCCAAUGCAAUGUUUGAGAUGUUAAAACUUUUUUUAAGUGUAUUCCCAUAACUCACUCAGUUUACAAAGUCUUUAUAUCCCAUGAUUCAUGGGUCGUUUGAUUCAGGAUGGCCUUGUAGCAUUUUCAUGUAAUAUUUGUGAUUACCAACCAGACAAACAAGCCCUGUAGACAUGCUGUAGCUUAGUUGAUUUACACUCCUGUCUGAAAUGAGCGGUCACAGGGUGCUCAGCUCAGCUCAGCCCGAUGACUUCCUGUUGUUGGCCUCAGAGAAAUGCCUCAUUGUGUGUCUCUUUCUGUCUCCUUCUUCUCUGGUUAUCUUAACCAUGUGCUGCCUUCUAGAGAAGCUCACGACGAGUCUCUCCGACUCGGUCAUCAUAAUUCCCAGGGUGCUGCUGGAGGAGAACCACAGCCACUGCUGGAGCGAGCCGAGCCACGGAGGAGCACAGGAGUCGUACGCUUUGCCCUAGACGGGAACCAGACUGACUAGUUCUGCCUGGGAGGUGGAUAGGCCUCAUACAGAGACUGCUGCUCUGUGCUGUAAAUAUCUAGUAUUUGCAACUAAGUCGAGUCAGGUGGAGAGGGAAUCCCACAAAAUAAGAAAGCACACACAUUUGAAGCACGCAUGUUUGAGACAGUUUUUGGCUGUUUGACUCACGGCAUUAUCGCAAAGGUGCUACAUCAUUUUUUCUGGUUUCAUGCAAUUUUCUUUUAACAGUAUGUCAAAAAUAUUAGAAAUACCACACCAUAAAGUGCUUAUACAACAUUUACUAAACACUGUACUGUACAUUGAUGAGUUUUAGUGUAAAUAAAUUACCAUAACUUGCAGAUCGCAAGAAUA